CGCUGGAGCCGAGUAGCGUACAGAACGGCGUGUGACGCGGGGACGCCGCGCGCUCCCAACGUCGCCCCGGUUUGACGCACACGGCACCAAACUGUCUGAUUCUCUGGCCUUUGUGUCCCUGGGAAGUGACUCUGCCAGAGGAAAGCAGGUGUGCUCCACUUCUCCCGUGAACCUGAAGAUGAGUUGUCCCAGACUCUUCUCAGUGAUUGGAAGCUUAGGUGGUGGAGCUAAAGGUUACUUGUUACGAGACUUCUACAGACAACUCUUGUUGGGAUCCAUCUAUGGUUUAGCAACAUUAGUGGAAAAGUUUUCUUGAACUGUAUAAGUAAUAUUGACUUUGAAUAUGAAAACGUUUAUAUUUAGACUUGAGAUUUUGUGUGAUCAUCAAACUCAACGAGGGGAUAAACAUAAUUGGGGGCGAAUGAUGGUCCUGUCUUGUUAAUACUUUCAACAGAAGUAUCAAAACACCACUGUCUAUCCUGUCCAGUCCUGACUAAUUCCACGCUUGUUGCAUCUGGAUGGUAGAUUUGUUUUAAUUGUGUAUUCCCUCCCUGCAGUAGUUUGCUUUAGUUGUAAACAGUUUUUGAUCCCAUAAGAAGGAAAACGUUUCAAAAAAUAGACAACUAAAGUUUCUCAAAGAAAGGAAACCUGGCUGUUUGCCGUCAGUGGCAUGUGUAAGUAUCUAGGGAACUUGGUGGCAGUAAUACUGCAUUUUAGUAGGUUUGCUAAGAAAAAACUCGGUUUUAUAAUAAGGCUAUAAUCUAGCUUAAGACUUUUGAAUUGGUGAAAGAUAAAGCUUGAUUAGUAUUAAUGCAGUGGUAUGUAUUACUUUUAAAAGCCUUACAAUUUCUAACAAAGUUGUGCUGCAAUUAUAUCAUACUUUGUGUUGGUAUUAACUAAUGAAGUACAAGAUUUUGAAACACCUAAUGUUUUGUGUUGGCCAUUAACAGAAUUCCUUGAUUGGAGGGAUAUUUAAACACAUCAGUGUUUAGAUCUCUGUGUUCAAAUUGAAAUUUGAAUUUUUCAGCAUUACUUAACUUUCAUUUCCUUGUUCUUUUCAGAUAAAUAUUUUCUCUUUUUUUAGCUUUUCUUCUAAUACAGAACAGUCUUGUAUUAAUGAGUAGGAGAUGCAUUAACAUUAGCAAAUGUUUUCCUGGAUCAUGUAGUUUUACUGUGGAAGGAAUAUCAAAGAACAACUGCUCUUACCCUCCUCUUUUACAAUAUAUUGAGGUCCAGAGAUGAUUAAGUUAGUGGCAUAAUGGAAAAUUGCCUUUCAGCCUCUACCCAUUGCUGUUUGUAUUUGUCAUGUUGCUGGGAUUAGAAGGUUUGAUUUAAUUUUGGAUGAGAUUGUUCUUGCAGCAAGAUGUUAAUAAGACAAAAUCUAGACUAAAUGUGUUAAAUGGGCUUGCCAACAAUAUGGAUGAUUUGAAGAUAAACACCGAUAUUACUGGUGCUAAAGAAGAACUCCUAGAUGACAACAAUUUUAUCUCAGACAAGGAGAGCGGAGUUCAUAAACCAAAAGAUUGUCAAACAUCAUUUCAGAAAAAUAAUACGUUGACUCUGCCUGAAGAACUGUCAAAGGACAAAUCUGAAAACGCCUUAAGCGGAGGCCAGUCUAGUCUAUUUAUACAUGCUGGUGCUCCUACUGUUUCUAGUGAAAACUUUAUCUUACCUAAAGGAGCUGCUGUUAAUGGACCAGUUUCACACUCCUCCUUAACUAAGACUUCCAAUAUGAAUAAAGGCAGUGUUUCAUUAACCACUGGGCAGCCUGUGGAUCAGCCAACAACAGAAUCUUGUUCAACUUUGAAGGUAGCAGCUGAUCUUCAGCUGUCUACACCACAGAAAGCAAGUCAACACCAAGUUUUAUUUUUGUUAUCAGAUGUAGCACAUGCUAAGAAUCCCACCCAUUCCAAUAAAAAACUACCUACCUCUGCUUCAGUUGGUUGUGACAUUCAGAAUUCAGUAGGGAGUAAUAUAAAGUCAGAUGGCACUUUAAUAAAUCAAGUAGAGGUGGGUGAGGAUGGUGAAGAUUUAUUGGUAAAAGAUGAUUGUGUCAAUACAGUAACAGGAAUUUCCUCAGGUACAGAUGGAUUUAGAUCAGAAAAUGAUACAAACUGGGAUCCCCAAAAAGAGUUCAUUCAGUUUCUUAUGACUAAUGAGGAAACAGUAGACAAAGCUCCACCUCUUUCUAAAGUAGGUCUAGAAAAAAAAAGAAAGCGAAAAAUGGAUGUAAGCAAGAUAACUCGUUAUACUGAGGAUUGCUUUAGUGAUUCUAAUUGUGUACCCAAUAAAUCAAAAAUGCAAGAAGUAGACUUUCUAGAACAAAAUGAAGAGCUACAAGCAGUAGACCCACAGAAAUAUGCUUUAUCAAAAGUGAAGCCUGAAUCGACUGAUGAAGACUUAGAAUCUGUGGAUGCCUUCCAACAUCUAAUUUAUAACCCAGAUAAGUGUGGAGAAGAGAGUUCACCUGUUCAUACUAGCACUUUUCUUUCAAAUACCUUAAAAAAGAAAUGUGAAGAGAGUGAUUCUGAGUCACCUGCUACUUUCAGUACCGAAGAGCCAUCAUUCUACCCCUGUACAAAGUGCAAUGUGAAUUUUAGGGAGAAGAAGCACCUCCACAGGCAUAUGAUGUAUCAUUUAGAUGGGAAUAGUCACUUUCGCCAUCUUAAUGUCCCAAGGCCAUAUGCUUGUAGAGAAUGUGGACGGACAUUUCGAGAUCGCAAUUCACUUCUAAAACAUAUGAUUAUUCACCAGGAGAGAAGACAGAAGUUGAUGGAGGAAAUUCGUGAAUUGAAAGAACUUCAGGAUGAAGGAAGAAGCGCACGAUUACAGUGUCCUCAGUGUGUGUUUGGUACCAAUUGCCCUAAAACAUUUGUGCAACAUGCUAAAACCCAUGAAAAAGAUAAAAGGUACUACUGCUGUGAAGAGUGUAACUUCAUGGCAGUGACAGAAAAUGAAUUAGAAUGCCAUCGAGGCAUUGCACAUGGGGCAGUGGUAAAAUGCCCGUUGGUCACUUCUGAUGUAGCCCAGAGAAAAACACAAAAAAAGACUUUCAUGAAAGACUCCGUAGUAGGAUCGUCCAAAAAAUCAGCUACCUACGUAUGUAAGAUGUGUCCUUUUACUACUUCAGCCAAAAGUGUUUUAAAAAAGCACAUGGAGUAUUUGCAUUCAUCAUCAUGUGUUGAUUCAUUUGGUAGUCCUCUUGGACUUGAUAAAAGAAAAAAUGACAUCCUUGAAGAACCUGUAGAUAGUGAUAGCACUAAACCAUUAACUAAACAACAGUCAACCACGUUUCCAAAGAACUCUGCUUUAAAACAAGAUGUGAGGCGAACAUUUGGAUCAACCUCACAAUCAAGUAGUUUUUCAAAAAUCCAUAAGCGGCCACACAGAGUACAGAAAGCUCGGAAAAGCAUUGCCCAAUCAGGCGUAAACACUUGCAAUCAAAACAGCUCUCCUCAUAAGAAUGUUACAAUUAAAAGCAGCAUUGACCAAAAACCUAAGUAUUUUCAUCAAACAGCAAAAGAAAAGUCUAAUGCCAAGGCAAAUAGCAACUAUUUGUAUAGACACAAAUAUGAAAACUAUAGGAUGAUAAAAAAAUCAGGUGAAUCAUAUCCUGUGCAUUUCAAAAAAGAAGAAGCUAGUUCAUUAAAUUCUUUACACCUGUUUUCAUCAUCAAGUAAUUCUCACAACAGUUUUAUUUCAGACCCUCAUAAGCCUGACACCAAAAGACCUGAAAGCUUCAAAGAUCACAGACGUGUAGCUGUAAAGAGAGUAGUUAAGGAAUCUAAGAAGGAAAGUUCUGUUGGAGGGGAAGACUUGGAUAGCUAUCCAGAUUUUUUGCAUAAAAUGACUGUUGUCGUUUUGCAAAAACUUAAUUCUGCUGAAAAGAAAGAUAGUUAUGAAACAGAAGAUGAAAGUUCCUGGGAUAAUGUUGAGUUAGGAGACUACACUACACAGGCCAUAGAAGAUGAAACCUAUAGUGAUAUUAAUCAAGAACAUGUAAAUUUAUUCCCUUUAUUUAAGAGCAAAGUGGAAGGUCAGGAGCCUGGAGAAAAUGCUACUCUUAGUUAUGACCAAAAUGAUGGCUUUUAUUUUGAAUACUAUGAAGAUGCUGGAAGUAACAACUUUUUGCAUGAGAUACAUGAUCCUCAGCAUUUAGAAACUGCAGAUGCUUCAUUGUCAAAGCAUAGUUCUGUUUUUCAUUGGACUGAUUUGUCUCUUGAGAAGAAAUCGUGUCCUUACUGCCCAGCAACAUUUGAAACAGGUGUUGGGUUAUCAAAUCAUGUCCGGGGGCAUCUUCACAGAGCAGGAUUAAGCUAUGAAGCCCGUCAUGUUGUAUCACCAGAACAAAUAGCCACAAGUGACAAAAUGCAGCAUUUCAAAAGAACUGGCACAGGAACACCUGUUAAACGAGUUAGAAAAGCUAUAGAGAAGUCUGAAACCACUUCUGAACACACUUGUCAGCUCUGUGGUGGUUGGUUUGAUACUAAAAUUGGAUUAUCAAAUCAUGUUAGAGGCCACUUGAAAAGACUUGGAAAGACCAAAUGGGAUGCUCACAAAUCUCCAAUCUGUGUUCUGAAUGAGAUGAUGCAAAAUGAAGAAAAAUAUGAAAAAAUCUUAAAGGCUUUGAACAGUCGUCGUAUUAUUCCCAGACCAUUUGUAGCUCAAAAACUUGCAUCAAAUGAUGACUUUAUAUCUCAAAAUGUUAUACCUCUUGAAGCAUACCGUAAUGGCCUAAAGACUGAAGCUCUGUCAGUGUCUGCAUCAGAAGAAGAAGGGCUGAAUUUCUUAAAUGAAUAUGAUGAAACAAAACCAGAACUGCCCAGUGGAAAAAAGAAUCAAUCUCUUACACUCAUAGAACUUCUUAAAAAUAAAAGGAUGGGAGAAGAAAGGAAUUCUGCUAUUUCUCCGCAAAAGAUCCAUAAUCAGACAGCAAGAAAGAGAUUCGUUCAGAAAUGUGUUCUUCCAUUAAAUGAGGAUAGUCCGUUGAUGUAUCAGCCACAAAAAAUGGACUUGACUAUGCACUCAGGUAUGCCUGUGAAGCUUAGAACAUGUGUGCAUUGCAAUACGACGUUUACAAGUGCUGUUAGCCUGUCCAACCACUUACGCGCUUAUGCACGAAAGAAGAGUGCUGGACUUUUGACUGGUACAGCCUUAGAUUGUAAGCAAAAGAAAUCAAGGUCAAGAUCUGGAAGCAAGAAGAAAAUGCUAACAUUACCUCAUGGUGCUGACGAGGUUUACAUUCUCCGAUGCAGGUUUUGUGGCCUAGUCUUUCGAGGACCCUUGUCUGUUCAGGAAGACUGGAUUAAGCACUUACAACGACAUAUUGUAAACGCUAAUCUUCCACGGACUGGAGCUGGCAUGGUGGAAGUCACGUCACUACUUAAAAAGCCUGCCUCCAUUACAGAAACUUCAUUUUCUCUACUAAUGGCCGAAGCAGCUUCAUAGAACCAGGAAACCUUUUGAAUAGCCAAUUUGAAUUGGAUGUAAAUUUGAAAUUCUUUUUUUUUUAAAGCCACAUUAAAUUAUCUGUUUAUAAAUACUAAAGCAGGAAAAUGGGGGAAAAUGAAUUACAAUGACAUCAGAGCAAAUUGAAUACUUAAAACAGUAAGUAGUCUAUAUAUUUUAUAUAGGGUGGAAGAUGUGUUUUUAAGGUUUAUGAAGUUUUAUUGGUUAACUGUGUUCACUCAAUAAAAAAGCAGUACAUGUAAGCAGCCAUUAAUAAACUGUUGCACAUGGAUACUUAUAGACAGACUUAUUGGACAAUUAUGUUUUUUGCAGUGUUACCAGAAUCAAGGCUCUGUUUAUUCCCCACAAGACUUGCAUAGAAAAAUAAGAUAUUAUAUUUUGUUUGUAUGUAUUUAGUGUUUUGUAUAAUACCAAGAACCGCUGACUAAAUUUACUUAAAUUAGGGCAUUAAAUAUCAUGUACUUCAUAGUUUGAGACUGUUCACUCAAAUAGGGCAGAGUACUAUUCUAUCUAGAUGUGUAAGUGUUUUUUUUAAAAUCACAUGGAACGGUUUUUUUUAUACUAAAAAGUGGAGGGAGAUUUGUUUAAACAAGUAUUUCUAAAAGAAAUAUGUACAUAGUUCUGGAAAUUAUUUGUGGUAAGGAAAUAUUCUUUACUCCAGUUGCAUUUCUCAGACAAUAAAGUGGUGCAUCCAUGCUACCUCCUACUUUGUCAACAAAGAUGCUAUUUACCCUUUACAUUUUUGUAUCAUAAUAGAUUUUAAAAAUCUAAUGUUCUUUAUUGCAAGACAUUCUUUUGUUAACAGGUUUGUUUCUUUUUAAUGUUUUACCUAAAAUUUGACAUGCUUACAGGACAGGUUUGCCUCUUACUUUAUUUAACAUUGUAGAAAUGUAAUUAAUAAACAAUGCUCACUACACAGUUUAGAAUAGACGUUCUCAUUUAUAUUAUCUUCCAAAUUUGAUCAGUUAGCAAAACUUAAUACACCAAUUAAAAUAUUUCUACAUAUGAUGAGAAUGUUUACAAUUUAAAUUUUAGAACUUGUUUUGGAUGUGAUUAUAUGUACGAAAAUCGUGUAACACUAUGCUCAUGCUAAGAACCGACAUAACAGAAUUACUGAAAUAAAUGUGCUGUGAGGAAUGGAAAAUAUGGUGCAGGUGUCUUGGUCAUGAUAAAUUGUGAUUCUUUUUAAAAUUUUUUUCCAAAAACAAAUUAGUUCUUUUAAUCUGAAAUCAGAUUCCUUUAUAAACAACAAGUUUUUGUAUGCAAGCACCAUUUUAUUUCAUGUAGUAUGGCUGAUACUAUAGUUGAACCAAGGAUAUGCAUUGAUUCUUUGCUUCGUAUGUAAAUAAAGUUAAAAACAGUUAAAAUAAGGAGUAUUUUGGUAGAGUAUAUACAUACCUCACUGCCAGUGAAAUUGCUUUCCUAUGGUAUAUCUCCUUACCAGAAAAAUCUCUAAAUAAAAAAAGGUUUAAAGAAAAUUAAAA